AUGCAGUACGUUGCAUCCUGCGUGCAAAGGUGGCCGCCUGUGCGGAGUGUGGACGGCUCGAAGUUGCUCAGCUUCGAGGACUUUAAGACGCUGGCGUCUGACGAGCCCUUGCACAUCAGGAACGCUGCCUUCGCGAGAAACUCCAGGUUCUCUCUGGAAACUUUGGCCGAAGAGCUGCAGGAUGUGUGCCUCCCGCAAACUUCGAUGUCUGCCAAGCAAGGCGCCCGCUCUGGAUCUGGGUGCACGCUGCUGGUGGCAGAUCAAGGCACGGAAUGCGUGAUGGGCGCCAAGCCCAAGGCAUGGGAUCCCCAAGGUUGCUCCUUUGGCGCGCUGGCGCGGAAACUUGGCGGAAACCUCUACCUCACGACCCGCUCAGGCAAAGCUGCAGUGGUGCGAGACGGCGACGGGCUGCGCUACGAUGCGCCCGAAGACGCUGAGUGUCAGGACGUGUUGGUUCGAUCCUUUGUGCCACGAGUGCCUGUGCCGCUUUUCCUGCCAGAGGAGCCUUGCCAGGUUGCGUUCUGGCUGGGAUCAGCUGGAAACAACUUUGGUCUUCAUAGUGACCUCUUCUGUGAGCAGUUUCUCGCCCAGCAUCAGGGGGCGAAGGAAGUGCUGCUGCUUCUCCCAGAAGAUGCUGCAGAGGUUCAGCCGUUCCCAUUUCUGCAGAGCCCGCUUUGGUACAAGUCCAGCGCGCGAACUGUGGCAUCUUUGAAGCUUUCCUUGCCCGGAUUACGAGCUGUGCUGCAGCCCGGAGAUGUGCUGUUCAUCCCCCUCUGGUGGUGGCACGAGGUGCGCACGGUGCAUGGGCCUUCGGUGUCCAGCACCUUCCGAUUCCACACGGAGGAUGCGGAGCGCUUUGCCAAAGUUAUGAACGCCUUCUACCAGUUUCACAAGAAUGCCAAGGAGCCACUCGGAGGACAGUCGGGUGUUGCCCAGCGAUUUGUGAUCGUCUUUGUGAUCGUCUUGUGA